AUGUUGGGAAGAAUCUUCAAUCGAUCCGGAAAGCCCAUUGAUAAGGGACCACCAGUUUUGGCUGAGGACUUCUUGGAUAUCAACGGACAGCCUAUCAACCCAUGGAGUCGUAUCUAUCCUGAGGAAAUGAUUCAGACUGGAAUUUCGGCCAUCGAUGUGAUGAACUCUAUUGCUCGUGGACAAAGAUCCUAUUUUUCUCGGCCGCCGGUCUGCCACACAAUGAAGUAAGUUAAAGUUUAUGACUGAUAAGACCUAUAUAAGAAUUUAGACGAUGCAGUUUGAAUUGAUUUUUUGUUGUUUGUUUUAUAUUAUACAUGACGUUUCAGAUUGCCGCCCAGACUGUACGUCAAGGCGGUCUUGUCCAGCUUCUGA